CGGCGGCGGCCGGGAGGGCGGCGGUUACUGCGCCGGAUACUGGGGUCGCUGCCUGAAGCGCAGGCGCCGUGGACGCAGCUCGCCCCGGGCCUCGGGUGCCUGUGGACUCGUCAUGGCGACCGAGCAGAGGCCUUUCCACCUGGUGGUGUUCGGCGCCUCUGGCUUCACCGGCCAGUUCGUGACCGAGGAGGUGGCCCGGGAGCAGGUGUCCCCGGAGCGGAGCUCCCGCCUGCCCUGGGCCGUGGCGGGCCGUUCCCGGGAGAAGCUGCAGCGGGUGCUGGAGAGGGCCGCCCUGAAGCUGGGUAGACCAACACUGUCAUCUGAAGUUGGAAUAAUAAUUUGUGAUACCACUAAUCCAGCCUCUCUUGAUGAAAUGGCUAAACAGGCAACAGUUGUCCUCAAUUGCGUAGGACCAUAUCGAUUUUAUGGAGAACCUGUUGUAAAAGCGUGUGUUGAAAAUGGAACUAGCUGUAUUGACAUCUGUGGAGAACCUCAGUUUCUAGAACUAAUGCAUUGGAAGUAUCAUGAGAAAGCUGCAGAAAAAGGCAUUUAUAUAAUUGGAAGCAGUGGCUUUGACUCCAUUCCAGCGGAUCUGGGAGUAAUUUAUACCAGAAAUAAAAUGAAUGGUACUUUGACUGCUGUGGAAAGUUUCCUGACUAUUCAUUCAGGACCUGAGGGGUUGUGCAUUCACGAUGCUACCUGGCAGUCAGCAGUUUAUGGUUUUGGAGAUCAGAAUAAUUUGAGAAAACUACGAAAUGCAUCAAAUGUGAAACCUGUCCCACUUGUUGGUCCAAAAUUGAAAAGAAGGUGGCCAGUUUCUUACUGUAGGGAACUCAGCACAUAUUCCAUUCCUUUCUUGGGAUCUGAUAUGUCUGUUGUGAGGCGGACUCAACGUUACCUGCAUGAAAUUUUAGAAGAAUCACCAGUCCAGUACGCUGCGUAUGUAACUGUGGGUGGCAUCUCCUCUGUUAUUAAGCUGAUGUUUGCAGGGCUCUUCUUUUUAUUCUUUGUGAGGUUUGGCAUUGGAAGGCAACUUCUCAUAAAAUUCCCGUGGCUCUUCUCCUUCGGUUAUUUUUCAAAACAAGGUCCAACACAGAAACAGAUAGAUGGCUCAUCGUUUACAAUGACAUUCUUUGGUCAAGGAUACAGCCAAGGCCUUAGUCCUGAUGAGAACAAACCAAAUGUCAGAAUUUGUACCCAGGUGAAGGGACCAGAGGCUGGGUACGUGACUACUCCCAUAGCCAUGGUCCAGGCAGCCGUGACUCUCCUGCACGAGUCCUCUAAUCUUCCAAAGGCGGGCGGGGUCUUCACACCCGGAGCAGCUUUUUCCAGAACAAAAUUGAUUGAUAGACUCAACCAACAUGGCAUUGAAUUUAGUGUCAUUAGCAGCUCUGAAGUCUAAGCAUUUGAAGAAUUAACUGAAGUCAUAAGAUGCAUGGAUUAACAGCUUCUUUAUUUGAUACUUAAAAUUCUAUAAACCUAUCUGAUGAUAUGUGGAAAAGAUUGUCAAGUCUAAAAUAUCUACACAUUAAAAGCAGGAAAUUAUACUAACUUAACCUACAUUUCAAAUCUCAGCUGAUUUUUUGAUUUUGUUGCUUGUGAGAGAAAACUAAUAUUUGACUGACUUUUUCAUUGAAGCGUUCCUGGUAAAUUUUUAUGAAUGAGCCGGCUGGUCAGAUGGUGGCAGAGGUGUCCCUGCCUGUGUUGCUACAGCACUCCUCAGCGAGGGUGCUCGGACUGGUGUUCAUUUAGGGCAGUAACUGCUGCCUUCCUUCCAUAGUAGUGAAUGGAAUCUCGUCUUCCAAUGAGUUUCUCUACAUACUGCGUGGCUUUUGCUAAAUGAAACUGCACUUUUUCCUAUUUUAGCCUAGUUUUUCAUCCAUCUACACUGAUUUUGGUGUGUCCCCUCUGUUGAAUAAUAAAGGGCUGUCAGUUGA